AUGUUAGAAUAGCAAUCCCUCAAAUUGCUUUAAGAAAAGAGAAAACAGUCUAUUCUUGUUGAUCAUAAAACGAAUUUAGUUGUUUAGCAAGCUGAUAAUUAAGUUGAUUCUUAACAAUAUAAUUCAAUAAAUGAGGAAGAUUUGCAUCAAUAAAGCUAGGAUUUUGAUCAUAACAAUAUACAAAAAUUAAAAUUAUUUUAAAAUGUAAACAACAAGUUAAUGAGUUAAAUGUCUUUCGGAUCUAAAUAAGAGUUAGCUCGAGAUUUGCUACAAAGCAUAGUUAAAGCAACUGAUAGCAAUGGAUAUUUACUUUAAAAGAAAUACAAUAUUGAAUAUAUACGAUAAGUUUUAUAAAGAGAUUUAAUAAGUUUUGAGAUGACCUAUGAAAAAUUUGUUUUAGAAAAUGGAUAAAUAACUAAGGGAGUGAAUUUGGUUGAUUUUAUUUUUAUCAUAGUCAAAUUAGUCGACACUCCUUCUUAUGAAUCUCUAUACUUAAUUAAUGCUAUAAUUGAUUUUUUCGAAGCUGUUACUUAAGUAGAAAAAACAGACUCUCGUAAAUUUUAAAUUGAAGAGAAAGUGAUAAAGCAGUCUAAAAAUUACAUUAAGUUACCAGAUAUAACACUCUUUUUAUGUGAGCACCAUCCUUUUAAUGAAUAGAUUUUACCUCAAGGUAUCAAAAUCCCUACAAAAUCUUUACCCAUUCCUAAAAAAUUUGGCAAUUCAACAACUUAAAGAACAAUUAGAGAAAUUGACAUAAAUGCACCAGUAAUAUUUCGUGACUCGAAUGAGUCAAUAUACAGAUUAAAUAAAGAUAAAAUUCAUAUAGAUAGCGUUCAUCAUAAUAAUAAUUUAAUUAUGAAAAGCAUAUAUGCUUAUGAGCUUAAAAAAGUAAUUGUAUCAGAUUAAUAUAGUGAUACCUUUAUUGUAUAUGAUGGUAACUGUAAAAUGGAUUUUAAAUUUAGGCCAACAAGUCAACAUCUAAGAGGUCAAGUUUGCAUUGAUUUUUUUUGGUCUGAAAAGUAAAUGAGAAUAGGAAGUGUUUUUAGAGAUAACUUUUUAGCCUUUUGGGAUUCUAAUGAUAAUUUUUAAUUUGAAAAAUCCUUUAACAUCGGCGAAAGUAUCCUUGAAGAACAGUCAAAAAUUUGGUACAUAUCUUGCAUAGACAAAUGGAUUACUAGUGAUAACAACAAAUCAAUUAAUUUUUGGAACCUUGAAAAAGAAGAAGUAACGAGUUCAAUUACAUCCUAAUUGUUCUAAAAAGGAAUAAUAGCUGUCUUAGAAAUUGAAUAUCUCAAAGUUGUUGCUAUCGGUUCUAGUGAUAAUUAUGUUUCUAUAUGGGAUUUCUUAGGCUAAAAGCUUUUGUUCUAGAUUAAUGUAAGCCAUGCACACUUAAAUAUUAUGAGCUAUUUUUAGACCUACUAAGUUAUUUUGACAGGAGGAUAUGAUAAUUAAAUUUGCAUUUAUGAGUUUCAUCCUACUUAUAAUGAUGCUAAUAAGGUAGGUGAGCUCUAAGGUCAUAUGUCAAUUGUAACAGCAUUUAAAGGUAUUGAAGGAACACCUAUGAUUGUAAGCUCAGAUGAUAAAUAUAAUGUAAAAAUAUGGGAUAUAAGAACUACAAAUUGCAUUCAAAGCAUAGACAUAGAUUUAAGAAAUCCUAUUAAGUAAAUACAUGCCACCAUGGAUAGAGUAUUUUUUUAGAGCUCGCGUGUUACUUCUUUUGAAUUUGAUAUAGAUAUUUAGCAAAAGAUGGAAAUUAAGAAGAAAGCAAAAGCAUAGAAUAGCUUAUAAAUUUUAGCAGAAGGAUAUUAGCCACUUGGAACUUUUUUAAACAUCAAAAAGUAAGAACUGAUUGUGUGUACAACAAGAGAUGUUAGGUUCUUCGAUAUUUUAAAUGGAAAGAUUAAGAAGAUUAUUGCAAGCUUAAGCGAAAACUAAGAAGAUCAUAUUACAAACUUCUAAAUUUUAGAUUCUUGCCAAAAGAUAUUAGUAUCUACUUAGAAAGGUAUGUUGAGGAUACACGACCUAAAAAAUGGUGAGUUACUUUCAGAAAUAUCAGCUCAUACGAAUGAAAUAACAGGUUUAAAAAUGGAUUACUUAAAUAAAUUACUUAUCACAACUUCUUCUGAUAGCUCUAUUUUGAUAUAAAAAAUCAACCCUAAGUUGUAAUCCUAAAAGUACAGAGAAGUGCUCAAUAGCCACUAUGGAUAAGAAAUAACAUUAGUUGAAAUCAGUGUUUACCACAAUAUAUUUUUAACUGCUUCUCAUGAUAACACAUUACUCAUAUGGAGUUAUGAGUUUGGUAGACUGAUGGCCUCUUUUGAACUAGAAUAAGAUUAAGAACCGACUGCUCUUUCUAUAAUAAAUGGAUACAGCAUAAUGAUAAUUGCAACAACAAAGGGUUAUAUAUACUUUAUAAAAUUCACAUUAGUUGAUGAUAAUCUAGAUCUAGAGAUUAUUGCUAACAUUAACAUUAUUAAAUCACUAAUUCUAAGAGGUGAAGCCUUAAAAAAAUUAGUAGCCAAUGAAGUCAAAAGAGCGUUUUAAUUGUAAGAGAAGGAAUCAAGAUAGCUUAAGAUGGAAAAGAAAAAAAUAUAAAUUCAAGAAGAAUAAAUUAAAUAAAAAGGAAAGCCUUAACAAAAUAAUAGUAAUAAACCUAUUAACUUAGCAUAAAUAACUAUGACUGAACUAGUUUCUCAAGGUAACCAAGUAUCUACAACGUAAAUCAAAGAUAAUAAAAUUCAAUAGCGUAGAGAAAGUAAAAUAAAUCCAAAUGAAAUCAAAAAUGUAAAAAAACUAUUGUAGCAAACUGACCUAAAAAAGUCAAAUAUUAACAAAGGAUUGGAGGAUAUUUCAAAAAAAAAAAUAGAUAUUACUGAUUUGUACAAUGAAAAUGAAGUAAAAAUAGAAGGAGAUGAUAAAGAUUUGUUUGAUUUAGGAUUAGCAAAUAAAAUAAUAAAUAAAUCUAAAAGUAUUGACAAAGAAACUAAAAAAGAAUCAAACAUAUACGCCAACAAAAUUAUUUUUGAUUUAUGUAUGGAUUAAGAAAGUAAAAUAAACUUUGAUAAACUUGAUGAUAAAAAUAAAAAUGCUAUUCCAGAAUCUUGUACCUUAAUUAUAGGUGUUAACAAUGGAGAAAUAAGAAAGUACGAUAUUUCUUCUCUCUUCAAGAAAUCUGGCAUAAAAUUAGUGCCUCAUUGCAAGAAUAAAAUGAAUUAUAAUGCAUUUAGAUAGAAUUUUGAAAACUAUACAAAUGCAUUAUCUAACCAUAAGAUUUAAUGUUUCAAAUAAAACAAAAAUAACAUAAUUAAAGAUAUUAUUGUGCUAAAUAAUAUGAAUAGAUCGAGUGCUAUCUUUAAAUUUUAAUAGUCAGUUCUCAAAAUUUCACAAGUGAGAGGAUUAAUUUUAAAUUAAGAUGAUAGUGAAAGACCUUUUGAUCCUUAUUUUAAUUAAAGUAAAAAUAUGAUAGAUCUUAUUCAAGGACACAAAUCAUAAUUGACUAGCUUAGAGUUUAUAAAAAUUCAUAGCUAUUAAAAUGAAAAUAUAAUAACUUGCGGUUCAGAUAAUUAUAUUAAGAUUUGGGGAUUUUUUGGAAAAAUUACGCUUAUUGCAGCAUUCAACAUAUUGCAUCCUCUUCCAAUUAAAUGGGAAUUAAAAGUUGAUUUUGAUCUUAUUUAUAGAAAUAAAAUGUUGUUUGCUAUCCAAUCAAUUGAAGCAGUCAAAGAAAAAUUUAAGAAUAAGAUGGACUUCUCUUUGUUCUAAAAGUUUAACAUCAAAAAUUUAAUAAAUUUUAUUGAGUAAAAAGAAGCCUAAAUACAAAUAUUAAAUCAAUAAAAUCUGCAAGAAAGUAAAAAUAUAAAAACCAAAAAACAAAGUCCUUAAAAAAAUAAUACCAAGAAAAAUAAUGAUGAAAUGCAAUAAAAAUUAAGAUCAGCAUCAUCUCACCUUGCUUUAUAAAAAAGCAAUUUAAAUAUUAAUGAGGAAGAAGAAGAAAAGGUCGAAGAUAGCAGAAAAAUAAUAAAAUUAAUGAAAGAUGAGUAUACUCCUCGUGACUUACUUUUUAAUAAAGUAAAGCAUUUAUAUUAAAAAGAAUUAGUAGGCCCCUCUUUGCAAUAGUUGCAAGAAAUAAAGAGAAUAGAAAAUUCAAAAAACUAAGGUAACUCCUUUUUAGGAACAAAAUUAAGGAGAUCAGAUGAGUACUAGCAGUAUUUAAGUUAAGAAGAAAAAAAUAAAGAACAAAAAUUUAUAUCAGCGUUUUUUCACCCAGAUUAUAGAAAAAAAGUUCUUGAAAAAUUCAAUGAAGCUUACUAUUUAGACAAAGAUCCUUAAAUUUUCUUUCUUGAAAAGAAGUUAGACUCAAUCCUACAAUAAAAACAUUUACAAGAAGCAUAAAUGCAUAAUUUACCAUAAAUUUAAAUUUAAAAUCCUUAGAGUUCUAGUAGAAAUAACUUAGCAAACCUACCUAAUCAAAUGAUAUCACAAUCUACCAACUAAAGAACCAGAUAAAAUUCAGCUAAUCAGCAAUCAUUUUCAAAGAUUUAUUCAGUUUCACCAAAUAGAUAAGUAAUAAAUUAAGUGGGAGAUUAAUAAGGCAUAUUUGUUACAUCUCCAGCCGUAUUAAUAAUAGAUAGUGGAGAUUAGUUGAGUAAUAAAGAAAAAAAUGAUAAAAAUAAAUAAGGACAGCUAACUGUCUAAAUUAGUAGCAAUAAAUUAAGCGAAAACUAAAAUUCUCCAUUACCUUCUGGUUAAGAUGUUUUUGACCAAAAAUAAAAAUCAAAUGUUAAGUUUAACUCAAGCAAUUAAUAGAUUGAAAAUUCAACUGGAUAUGCCACAUUUUAAACUAAUGUUUUAAAAGCAAGAAAUAGUUAAUUAGAGCUACUACCAGGUUCUUAGUAGUUAUAUUAUACAUCAUAAUAUUACAAGUAGAACAAUAAAAAAAUUAAAUCAUAGUCUUAAGAAAAUUUAACUAAACAACUAAAUAUGUACGAAAAACAACCACUCCAAAGUUCCAACUAGUUAAAUUCAUAGUAAAGCAACAGAUAUUAAAAUAUCAAUUAAAACAAAGAUGAUUUUACUUUGAAAAAAGAAGCUAAAGAAAUCUUUAAUUUUAACAAAAAAGUACCUUAAUCAACAACAGAUCAUUUUUAGACUGGAGGUGAAUACCUCAUAAUGAUAAAUUAGUUGGAGAGAAAUCAUGGGAUGAAGUUUAAAUUGUUUGAGAAUUAAGGUAAAAAGUAAUCUCAAACUUAGAGGAAUAGUAUAUCACCCCCACAAAACCAUUAAUCAACAAUAGAAAAAUACAUAACAACACAAAGCUACAAAUAGUCUAUACAAAAUUAAGUAGGCAGCAUGGCUUAAAUAGAUCCUUUCACUAACAACUGUCCUAAAGAAUUCCUUGAAUAUGCCUAAGAAAAGUCACUGAUGAGUUCAUAGUUGCAAGAUAAUUAUAUUAAGUAGUCUAAUUCGUUAACAAAAACUUAAGUAAAGAACUUUUUCCUUAAUCAAAUUGAAAAUGAGGAUGACAGACGUAAAUUUAAAGAUAAAUUUGAAUCAACUUUUGUUUAACAGUAAAGCUAUGUCUAACUAACAAAAACGUAGGAAGAUCAAACUUAACAGCAAAAAUCUGAGUAAAGUCAAUAGAAUUUAAAAACCAAAAUUUCAAAGCCUUAUAUACCAAAUUUAAAUUUAUCUUAAAGUAAUUUGAAUAAUAGCUUAAAAUCAAGUGCUUUGAUAAAUUCAGAUAAAAAGUAAAAUUUUAUGAGUCUAACUCAAAGAGGUAAUAGCUCAAGCAAUGCUAAUGGUUUUGGUUAAGACAUUGAGUCUACUAUUGAUUCAUCUCUCUUUAAUAAUUCUAAACAAACUAAUUUUAGCAAGACUUCAAAAAAGUGUUUCUAGGAUGUUGUAAAAAAUCUAAACAAAAAAUUAAGUAAAUCAAGGAUUAAUCACCACAAAGAAAUAGGAAACAGUAGUUAAUUGCUUAAAUCGUAAUAACUUUUAAAGGAAAAUAAUUCAGUAAAUUUUGCUUAAAAUCAUAAUAUUUAAUAGACAGACGAAUCAAACAGUGGUAGUUAAAUCUAUCCUUUGUUAUCACAUCGUUAUAAAAAAGGAAUUAAUGGUUAUGUGAAUAGCAAUCCCUUUAAUUUACAAAUAAAAUAAAAUCAAGAAAAAUAGUAACAAUUUUUCUAUAAAUGA